AUGUCUUCGACCCCAACUGGUUCCGCACCCGUUCUGAGGAAACAGACUCUGAAAAUUGCCACACCCACAGAUUUAAUAGAGAUAGCUAGACAGAUACAAGAGUGUGAACAGUAUGUCUCAGCCAACACCUGCUCACGGCUUCACAUGAUUGUCAAACAAAUGAAAAACUUGAAGAAAGAAGCGGAACAGAUCUUGAAAAACUGUCAGCGGGAUAUAGAGGUGCACAAAUUGCCGUGCAAUUUUGUGAAGAAACCCGGCAACACAUACUACGUAUAUCAGCGUUCAGAUGGAACUAAAUAUCUCGGAUUACUUUCACCCGAAGAGUGGGGCCCCUCUUGUCCGAGCGCAUUCCUGGGAGCAUACAAGUUAAUGCCUGACAUGACCUGGGUACCUGAAACCGAGUUGCAAGACUGGAAUAAAACUGAGGAAGUCGUCAAACACAUUCUGUCCACCCCUAGUUUUCUGGCCAUUGAUUCUAAAGAGAGCGUGUAA